AUGGAGAAAGGAAAACAGAAGCUAUCAGGGAUGCGUGUGCAGGAAAUGGGCUGCUAUGGACGUGACAGCAUGCCUUGUCAUGGGAGCAGGAAGCCAGGAUGUUGUGGUCCAAAAGGGGGAUUUAUGGGAGGGGGGCUACCUGGGAGUAUGGCAGACAGGCAUGUGACCCUUGGAAUUGUUUCAGUCCCGCUGUGCAAGGAACAGCUGUCUAGAGUGGUGGAGAUCUUGUGGUCAAACACACCCAGUCGAAUGAGGCUGCCGGGCACCCACAAAAGUGUUAGAAGAGUCGGCGAUGUGCGAAUGGGCCCGUUUGGGAUUUACACUUGA